CGGGCUCUGCAGCGGUCGGGCGCGGAGUUGGGGCGCGGGGACGCGGGGCGGCGCGAAGCGGGGCCCUCUGCCGCCCCGCGCUCUCAUGUACGCCUUCUACUCGCUGCUCAUCUACAUCUUCUACAGCCUCUUUCGCAGGGAUGGCGGGGCCGCGGCGGCCGCCGACCCUGGGAACCCCGCCCAGGUGAGCGGGGGCGGGCGCAGCUCGGCCGGCGACCCCCUUCCGGAGAACGGUUUUGCAGGCCGGCGCUGCAGUGCCCGCGGCAAGCCCGGGGGUCGCCGCCGCCCCGACCAGCCCACCGCAGAGCUGUGGACCGAGCUGACCGGCCUGGUCGGCUGCUCGGAGUCCGAGGAUGGGCCGGGAGGGGCAGCGGAGGGCCGUCCGGCCGAGGUCUCACUGGAAGAGGCUCUCGUGCGUCUUGCGGAGUUCCUCUCAGUCCAGCUGGGGGCGGAAGAGAGCUUCGGGAAUUCUGCCGACCUGAGCAAGCCUGGUGAUGUUCCCCCACUGUUGACGGUGACCGGUCAGCUCUUGGCCCUCCUGGCAUGGAUCCGGAGCCCCAGGGGGAGGCAGGUCCUGCCCCAGGCGACGCAGCCAGCCUCAGGGGUGCAGCCCCUCACUCCUGCUGGAUCCCCAUCCCAAGAAGAAAGCCCUUCUGUUUCACCAAGGGGUGAGGCCCAGGGGCAGCAGCCUCCUCAGUUAGAGGAGGACCAGAGGGCUUGGCAGCGGCUGGAACAGCUUAUCCUUGGACAGCUGGAAGAGCUGAAGCAGCAGCUGGAACUGCAGGAGAAGGAGCUGGGCCAGCUGCGUGUGGGAGUGGGGGCGACAGACUCGGAGAAAAGGGUUCAGCAUCUGACUCUGGAAAACAAGGCCCUGAAACAGAGCCUGAGCCUUACUCGGGACCUCCUGCUGCACUGGGGCCCCGCCCCCCCCAACAGGGCCCCCCAGGAGCAGGAGGAGGCAGAGGCACUGCUCGAGCUCCGGGGCCGGCUUCAAGAGGCCCAGGACACCACAGAAGCUCUCCGAGUCCAGCUAGGGGUGCAGGAGGUGCAGCUGCAGGGCCUUCGGGGGGCCCUCCGGCAGCUCCAGCAGGAGACGGAGCAGAACUGCAGGAGGGAGCUGCAGCAGAUGCGCGGGCAGUUGGCAGGACUUCGUGCUCGCAUGGCCAGCUUGCGUCAGGGCUGUGGGGACCUCCGAGGACUGGUCAGCACCUUUACCCAGAGCUGCCAGGGUUCGCUGAGCGAAGCCCGGGGCCAGGUGUCGUGGGCCCUGGGGGCACUGUCAGCGGGCGGGGCUGGCACUCAGCUCCUGGAGGCACAGCAGGGGGCCCCAACUGGAUGCCCAGGGCGGCUGCUGGAGCUCAAGGGAAACAUCCGUGUGCUCUGUCGGCUGAGGCCAGGGACACCCUCCAACUUGGUGAGCUUAGAGCCCGGCCCGGGUGGCACUGUCACCACCUGCUAUCGAGGGCACCAGCGUCGCUUCCGCCUGGACUGGGUCUUCCCUCCACACGCCAGCCAGGAGGAGGUCUUCAGGGAGCUGGAGUCGGCUGUGCUGUCCUGCCUCGGAGGCUACAGUGUCUGCAUUUUCACCUACGGUCAGACAGGGACGGGAAAGACCUACAGCAUGGAGGGCCCGCCUGAGGACCCUGGCAUAGCUCCUAGGGCGCUGCAGUCACUGUUCCGGGAGAUGGGAACAGGGGGACAGCACCACGUGACCCUCAGCAUGGUGGAGAUCUACAACGAGGCUGUCAGGGACCUCCUAGCCCCAGGGCCUCCGCAGCGCCUGGCAGUGAGGCAGGGCCCAGCAGGCGAAGGCGGGAUCCAGGUGGCUGGCCUCACCCGCUGGGACGUGCCCAAUCUGGAGUCGUUGCACCAGAUGCUGAAGCUGGGGAGGAGCAACCGGGCCACCGCCGCCACAGCCAUGAACCAGCACAGCUCUCGUUCGCACGCCCUGGUCACGCUGACGCUGCGCACGGCGUCCCCAUCAAGCGGUCCCGGCACCGCAGGUCUCCACGCGGCCCGAGGAUCUCGGCGAGACCGUGUGCUCGCUCAAGUUCGCCGAGCGAGUGGGGCGAGUGGAGCUGGGGCCUGCGAGGCCCCGCAGGGCCCCGCGCUCCGGCACGCCCUCCUCCCUGAGCACCGACACACCACUCUCUGGGACCCCCUGCACCGCCACGCCCUCGCCCGGCAGCCCUCCAAGCCCCGGCCUGGACAGCGGCUCCAGCUCGGCCCUGGCACCGCCGGAGGACCUGCCUUCGUAGUCCUGCCUGAGGAGUCUGGGUCGCGUCUCUGCCGGCAGAGGCAGCAAAGUCCCUCUUCCCCCCACGACCUCCUUGAUCUCUGGGGGCCUGCUGGCCCCCAGACUCCCAGAGUCCACCCCGUUCUCUCCCGCCCCCAGGAGUGUCCCGCCUGGGGUAAUGAUCACCCCCCACCACGCCCCGGCCCAGGCCCUUAGCCCUUUGCUUAUCACCAUCUGCUGUUAUCGCGGCGCACAGCAGGGGAUCCCAGAGCCGCGGAGGCAGACCCUGGCCAAGUGGCCACCAGACUCACUACCCAUCACCAAACAUCAGACUUGCAUUAAAAUGUCGUUUGUUCCUUUACUGUUACCUUCCCCACUGCCACCACCCAAACCAGGCAGGGUCUCCGUUCUCCGUCCCCUCCCCCCAAAGGUGCUACCUCCUUGCCAGGCAACAGUGGAGGGGGGACAGGACUUAGGGGUGGAGCGGCUGGGGCGGUCACUAGGUCUUCCCUCCCCCAGCCCGGAGCCAGGGAGGGGAAGUGACAGAUGGUGAUGGAUGGAUGGAUGGAUGGAUGGAUAGAUGGACAGAGGGCUGGAGAAGGUGGGACCAGGAAGGGGACAGGAAGGGCUACUUCAAGCAGAGCCCUGCCCCUUCAGCCUUGCCUCUCGGGGUCAGAGAGGCAUGACUGACCAUCAGGGCUGUGGUGGUG